UUGUAGCCAAAGGGGCAUAUACAUGUAUAAUGGAUAAAUCGAGCAUUUGUUAUAAAGGAAAGCUCCAGUCAGUCUGGGGAAAGCUGAAAAAAGACGUACGCCUCUCCGAUAUUGCUGACCCCUUGGUGGAAAGUGGCACCCUCUCGUUAGAGCAGUGGGAAGAAUUAAAGUCCGCCCAUCUUCCAGAGAGGGAUCGAACAGAGAGAUUUCUUUUCAUCUUAAUUAAACAGAAUUCUCCGAAUAACUUUCGAGCCUUUGUCGAGGCACUGAAAAACAACGGCCACGGCGAACUUGCCACGAAGCUUCAAUCAAAAGACAAUGCAGUUCCUGGUCUUCAACUUUCUGGACAACCUAUCCAAUACCAGACAAAGUACCAGAGAGAAGACUCACGAGAUAGUGGUGCCUCGGGUUUUGAUGAAUCAGAAUCAGCAAUGAAAGAAAGUGUGCUUAAGAUGGAAACUUUAAUGGAAAAGUUAGAAAUGAUGUACGAACGACAAGAACAGAAGAUUGAUUCUGUCAUCUCCGAGCAGCAGACGGCUCGAAAGCAAAUGGGGGUACUUCUCGAAAACAACGAAUCAAUCAAAACUCAGAUGGGAAAUAUUGCAGCAGACAUUGAAUCCAAGUUUGAUACGUUUCAAAUCUAUCACGAGGAGAAAAAUCAGGAUUAUGAACUCCUGAAAGAAAGACACGAAGAGCUCCUGGAAGAUCAUAGAAAAAAGGAAGAGGAGUUGAAAAGUCUCCAGAUCCAACUACAAAAACUCGAGGCGGAUCCAGAGGCGCAUUCUAAUGACAAGUUUAAAAACCUACAGACUCAAUUUAUUGCCUUGAAGAAGACCAAUGAAGAAAGAGUUAACCGACUGAAAAAUUUGCACACAGAGACUAAAACAUUUCUCAAGAAGUAUGCCGAAGCAUUUCAGGUGCCACAUCCCGAGCAUCUGAGCGAGAUCAUCGAACAUUUUGAGUCUAUACAGGAGAGUAUGCAGAAACUGAAAACAGACAAUGAAUCUCUGAUGGAAAAGCUGAAAAUGUUGGUGGAACAAAAUGAAAACCUCAUAACUCAAAAUCAGAAGUUGGAAGAGGAGAUGUCACACGUGGAAAAACAGAAAAGCAAGAUUGAAGAACGAAUAAAAACCCCAAAGGGGGAGAAGGGAGAUAAAACCACUGGAAUUUUGAAAGUGAAAGGCAAGAAGUGUCACUAAUGUAUUAAUAUAUUUCUGUAAGGACAUGACAUUGUUCUGUUCUUUCUUUCCGCUUCGUGUGACCUUUUUGGAAUGUGUUUAUGUAAGAAAUAAAUCCCGCGAUGCAAUCCGAAUCCAAAGUAAUUUUUUCCCACCAAAUACGUUACAAUCAAAAGAUACCAAUAUCUUCUUCCUGGUGAACACAGUAAACAUUAGAAGACCGAUUUAAAACUAUUGAUAUUUUUUGAUGAUGUUUGCUAUUUAUUGAAGAAUAAUGGCCGCUGCAUUUCUCUGAUCUUUGCAAUAACUGUUGUAAAAUUAAGAAUAUUGUCAUAAGUCGAAUGUUUCUAUUGUUUUACAGGAACGUGUCAUACUUUUGUUUCAUAAAUUUUUAAGGGGAUCGAAAUUCAAGAUAUAAGCAGAAAUACAAUUUUGUUGAUAAUUUAUUUGGUGGACAUAUAUGUCGUCCUAUUCUAACAUUAAUAAUAUUUGUAGUUCGUUGAUCACAUAAAUUUUGGGUCUGACUCAACCACGAAAACAAGGCAAAGUGUUUAACAAAAAAUGAUGAAAUGUACAGAAUAUUCUUAUGUGUACAAAUACAUCAAUUCUGAACGUGUAUUACUUUGAGGCUUGUUUGAUAAAGGAAAUAGUUUGAGGACAUCUGACCUACAUUAGAGUUCGUUUAUUAAUUAAGCAAUGAUAUGCUAGUAUAUACAUGUAACAAUAGGUGUCUACUACCAACACUUUUAACCGAUACAAAAUCUUAAUUUUUUGCAAUUUGAAUUUUGCUUCUGUAAAUGUUUUGCCAUACUUGCUCUACAUUUGAAUCUGUAGUCAAGAAUCAAAUCAACUUCAUCAUAUUGUUUAUAUUUACAUGCUUCAUUAAUAAAAAUAAAUGGCAUAAAAUACCAUACACUAUGUUUUAGCAUUGAUAUAAACACAAAAUUUGUUC